CCACAGGUCGCGAUUGGCUGGAGCCGCCGGCUUUUUCGCGUUUUGUGUACGUUUCUGGCUGUCAGUGUGUGGAUGUGACACAGGAUUAGCCAGCUUUCCUGCACUCCUGGAGGUUUGCGCCCGCUGCACAGGGAAUGUCUCCUCCUCCGUGAAGUCUCAGGCUGUAAUCCCACCACAACAAAGCGACAGCGGCAUAUUUUUUUUGUGCGGACUUUUCCCUCCUGGAGCAGCAGCAGUCCCGCUCUGCGCGAUGACAGAAGUGGCCAGUCCAGCCUCAGUGAUGGAAUCUGAGAUGAUGUUCCAACCAGAGUCAGAUCAGAGGUCCCCCGUUGACCCCAAGUCUCCACCGCUGGACCUGAUCGACACAGGAAAAGGGCUCAAGGUUCAGACCGCUACGCCCCAUCUGGUUAGUCUGGGCAGUGGGAGGUUGAGUGUGGCGAUCACCCUGCUGCCAUUGAAAGAAGGGGUGACGCGUAUCGGCAGAGAAGAUGCACCAAUUCCUCAAGAUAUUACAGUCCAGGGGCCCGGCAUCGAGGCAGAGCACUGCCUCAUCUUCAAUGAAGGAGGUGUUGUGACCCUUGACCCCUGCGGUCACCUCUGCAGCUUGGAUGGAGUCCAGGUCACAGUACCCACGCCACUCACACAGGGUUAUUCCCUGUGUUUGGGUAAAUCCUAUUUCUUUCGCUUCAACCAUCCUGAAGAGGCCAGCCGAAUGAAGAGCAUGCUUCCCCAAAAGAGUCCCGUGUCCGCGCUCGCCUACAACACAGAUUACCUGAAGUUCAGCAGCGACUACAGCCAUGCUGUCGUUGGGGGCACCAGCAGUGCCAGAGGCAUGCGAUCAGCCUCUGAGCUUCGGGACUUGAUGGAUACCCUGCAACGCAAGAAAAUUGCCCUGGAAAACAGCCUGAGGGCCAAUGGAAAUGCCAACCCGUCUUACUUCAGUGUGACACAGUCACCCCCCACCACACCUGUCUCGAGCCUUUCCACAUCGUCCUCAUCCUAUCAGGAGCAAGCCAGACGUUUGUAUUCCUCAGAUCGUUCCGCUUCUUUAAAAUCACCCCCUCCUCAUUCCCCUGGACGGCGAUCUGACCCUUCUUCUUCUACGGCGACGCGCGCUCCGGGCGGCCACGGCUCAGGCGUUGGUGAUAGUCGGCGGCUGCAUAACCCGACUUCCUCUCCUUUGCUGAGCAUGUGGAAUGGCGGAGGCUCCUCCACUUCUGUUCCUGGUAAUGAUAGCUUCCUCCUCUCUCUCCCUCCUCCAUCGUCCUCCUCAUCACGCGCUCCAUCAACAGGAGGGGCGGUGAGCAUGCCCUCAAGCCCCCGUCUGGGCCGACGGAGCUAUGGAAAUCAAGAGCCAUUGCCCAGCAGUCGCACCAGGAAAUACUCCGCUGGCUCCCUGACCGGGAUGCUGGGUGGAGGCCACAGCCUGUCAAUGCCACGCCUCUGCCCCUCCCCGUCUCCCCGGGACAACAGCAACGGUGUGCUGACCUUGUCGACCCUGCCACCGCGCCGCUCUGAUACAGCAGGAUACAAAUUAAGCAAAGACCAUCAUAGUAGCAGCCAGAAAGCCAGCUCUGACUUCAAUUUCAAUACCUUCAGCAAUCAAGGACAAAACAUAACUAAUGGUGAAGGUGUCGUGUCUAUCUCCCUCUCCGCCCCUAAGAUCUCGUCAAUUGCUCCUCACUCUGUGUCUUCAACAAGUGCCCCACCAGAUGUGACCAUCCCUUCCAGGGCAGGGGGUUCCUCCUCUCCUCGUGUCGCCAAAAAACUCAGCCUUACCUCCACUAGUUCUCUGGGUUCUGUCAGCUCCACAAGUCCCGGUUCCUCAGAAACGGAAAGGCUGUCGAGCCAGGCAGUCUCUCCAGGCAGCGAGAGCUCUCUGGGGGAGAGGGACAGACGAGGAGUCGGCCUUGAACUGACUCCUGGGAUUGGACUCGGGGAGAGAAGGCCCUCUUUUGGGAAGGCAGGACUGGAACCUGGGAUGGGUCUCGGGGAGAGGAUGCAGUCAUUUGGAAAGGCGGGAAUUAACCCUCCUGGAGGUUUUAGGGAACGGCGGGGCAGUAUCAGCUCACUGAGCGGGAAGGAAGAACUGACAGACUACCACCAGCGCCAAAAAGAGGAGCGACUCCGAGAGCAGGAGGUGGAGAGACUGGAGCGACAGCGACUGGAGACCAUCCUGUCCCUGUGCACGGAGCUGGGCAGGUCCGAAAGAGAUGGAGAUGGCACCGCUGCGAAUCCCACCUCAGCUGUUGCAGACCUGCAGAAGAUCAACCAGGAACUCGAGAAGCUUCAGCUGAAUGACGAAGACGACGACUUGCCUUCUGUGUUUUCGGACUCUUUAUCCUUGAACGGGAACGGGCACUUCACUUCCCCCGGCUCGGAGAACGGUUACUAUGAAGGCGAUCUGCAAGCGCGACGGCGGUGCAACAGCACUCAGAGAGACAACCGGGCAGAGUCGCCUGCUGUCAGCCUGAGAAGCUUUGCUCCUUCUCCUUCUCCACGAGCUCAGAUCAGGAAUGAGGCUUUGGAUGAAGCCGCUCGCCGCCGUGGAAACAAUCUGGCGCCUUCAGAGGAGGAAGUGAGGCGGGUGGAGGAGGAGAGGAUCCAAGUGCUGAACAACUUGGAGGAGCUGGAACAAAAGAUCAAAGAGCUGGAUAACCAAAUGGAGGAAUCCGCCCGAGAGGUGGAGGUUGAGCGAGCUCUGGUCGAGGCUGAACAAGAGUCAGAGGUCGCUGCGCUCCAACAAGAGAAAGAUGCUUUGGAAGCACUUCACAACAAGAUGGCCGAGCUGGAGACCAAGUCCCAGCAAGAAAAAGAAAAGGCGUGUGAGUUGCUGCAGGCAGAGAAAGGCAGAGUAGAGAGGUUGGCUCAAAUUGUGUGUGAGCAGCGCUCCCAGCUGGACAGCUGCCCUGAAGCCACCAAGGAGCCCCUGCAGGAGCAGCUAGCCAGGGACUGUGAGGUGCUCGAGGCUGAGACGAAGCGUUUCGAGGACCUGGAGUUUCAGCAGCUGGAGAAAGAGAGCAGGCAGGAUGAGGAGAAGGAGACUCACACCCAGCAGCUUCUCCGCGAUAUCGCAGACUACCAGCGCAGCUCUGUCACUCGCAAGGAGCGACUCCUAACUCUGAAGAAGCAGGUGGCACAGAUUUCCCAACAAGCUCAGCGAGAAAAGGAAAGCUUCCUGAAAGAAAGGAGCAACCUGGAAUCAAUGCUGCAAAGAGAAAAAGAAAACCUUGCUUCCCUGGAACGAAAAUACGCCGAACUCACCGGUGGCCGGAGUUUCAGUCUCAGGGAGGGCUAUGUCACAGUCAGUGAAAUCAAUGAGCUUUACUCACAGCUUGGGCACAACCCUAAACCCGCUCCCCCCCUCACUGUGGCCAAGGCCUCCCCUGAGUCCGAGGGAAACCUUUCCCUUCAUGACGACACCAAACCGACGGAGGAUGAGCAUUUCCGUUUGAUGGAGGAGAGGAGGCGGUCGGAGAAAGAAGGGGGGUCUCAUCUCAGUGACACUUUACCCCGAAAGAAAACCACUCCCAUCAUGAACCCCCAGUUCACGUGUGCAACGCUUGGACGCAGCUUCCCUACCAAGUCCCAUCAGCCUCUGGUGCAGAGCACCAGCUGUGGCAGUAUUCUUCCAAGAAUCCUCUCCUUAUCCAGCAAGGAAUCUGAAUCUCGGCGUCUUCAUAAAGGUCCUUCCAGCUCCCGGGCAGCCUCACAGACCAACGUCUACCUCGAUGCCUUCGGCUACCGCGAUAACCAGGCCUUCGACACAAUGAGCGUGGACAGCAGCGACUCCAUUGAAACCAGCAUCUCUGCCUGCUCGCCAGACAAUGUCUCCAGUGCCAGUACGUCAAAUGUGGCAAAGCUGGAGGAGAUGGAACGUCUGUUAAGGGAGGCGCAGGCUGAGAAAAGCCGCCUCCUCGAACACAAGGAACGGGAAAUGGAAAUGCGAAAGCAGGCCCUGGACGACGAAAGAAGAAGAAGGGAGGACCUGGAGAAAAGGUUGCAGGAGGAAACAAGUAGACGGCAGAAACUUAUCGACCGGGAGGUGAAGCUGCGGGAAAAACAGCGUGCACAGUCCCGGCCGCUGACGCGCUACCUGCCGGUGAGAAAAGACGACUUCGACCUGCGGGCUCACAUUGAGUCCGCCGGCCACAGCGCGGACACCUGCUUCCACCUGUCCAUCUCAGAGAAGACCUGCCGGGGUUACCUGGUCAAGAUGGGAGGAAAGAUCAAGACCUGGAAGAAACGCUGGUUCGUUUUCGACCGCAACCGACGCACACUCUCCUACUAUGCAGACAAACAUGAAGCUAAGCUGAAAGGAGUCAUUUACUUCCAAGCUAUUGAAGAAGUGUAUUAUGACCACUUGAAGAAUGCGCAUAAGAGCCCGAACCCUUCCCUGACCUUCAGCGUGAAGACUCACGAUCGGGUCUACUACAUGGUCGCUCCCUCUCCCGAAGCCAUGCGGAUCUGGAUGGACGUGAUCGUCACAGGUGCUGAAGGAUACACACAGUUCAUGGUGUAGUGAAGCUGUCGUCACGCCUGCGUGUGCCAACAUCAUCCGCCGGGACUAGAUUUUCAAUUCCCCCUUUUUUAAAAUCCUUUUACUUAUUGGAUGCCCGGGUGGGUUUGAUUCUGAACUCUGCUGAAGAAUGUUCAGCUCCAUCUGUGUGGAGAUUGGACUCCAAAGUUGAAUUUCUGGAUUUACAGUGUAGUUCAUUAACAGUCAUGAAACAAAGUCCAGGAGUUCUGAACGCUGCUUCAGUUUGUCCCUCUGCCUUGUUUGCUCACCUUCGCUUGCACGUGAGUUAAACAUUUUCUUCUCAGAGAAGUAAACUGUUACUUAAUGGUUCUUUUUGGAUAUCCUGUCCCAAAGAAUUUUGUUUUAUUAUCAACAAAUAAUCGACAAAUCAGGUCAUCAGUUUGAGCUUCCAGUGAAGUUCAAUUGCAGCCAAUAUUUCAUAGCAGGCCUCAAUAAUUCCAGUAUGUCUUGAUUGAACAGUUUGACACUCUUUUUGGAGAGAAAGAAUAAGACAUGCAAAUCUGUUUUGAUUGUGAUUUAACAAUAUCACUUCAUGCAUCAUUGCUGUUGCAUUCUCAGGUCUUAAAUGUGCACGCUGAUGUGCAUGCACACGUCAUAUCCUCAUGUGUAUCCAGUAAAUAUACGUGUGAUAAAGAAGUGCCUGUUCAGUCUGCACAUUUCUCACUCAUGUAGCUCCAAGGUGCUAUUGUUACAUGGAUGUGAUCACAGGACACAGCGUGCGGUUACAGACUGUUGCCAGUCGUUAAUGUGCUGGGUCGAAUAGUAUUAGUACAGACUUUGAAGCAAAGCUUGUUAGCUUGUGAUCCAUCAUAACCAUGAGAACCUUUAAUUACAGCAAUGUUGGUAUGACUGUACAUGUUUUUUUAUUGUGUAGUUACUUUUAAAAUAGUUGAAAUCCACUAUCAAUGUGUUUGUGCCUUUUAAUCACUAUCAAUGUGUCAGUAUUGUUACGUGCAUCUUCUGUCUGCAGGAGAAAUGCCAAAAUGUCUUUAACAUUGAAACACAGAGGUGUGGAAAUGAGCUUGUGGAUGCCCAGCCACUAAAAGCUAUGGUACAGGUUUUCACCAGUCAUCAGAGCUGGUCCGUUAUUGUGUUGCUUUUGUGCACGAGCUUUCAAUUUAACACAUUUAUUCAAACUAAUUUAAUAUUUCUCUAUGAAUGAGUCUACCACCUUUAUUACAGAAGCUGCUUAUUUUUAAUCAAGCUUCCCGAUAUGUAAUAUUUCUGCUUGUGCAUUUCCCCCUUUGCUUCUUGGCAUUGUUUAUUUGCUUUUUGACCAAAGUAUGUUCAUUUGAUGAGAUGUAUAUGUGGUUUUAUUGCUUUGACUUCUUCUCUUUACAUAUACAGUGAGAACAAAAGUAUAUAUAUUUUCUGUUUUGUCAUGAUAUACCAAGAACAUUGUCAGUUUUUACUAGCUAAUGAAAUGUUUCUGUGGAAGCUUCCAUGAGUUUGUUUCAUCUUAUAUUUUUGUUUUUAUAAUUAUUUUCAUGUUGAUCUUACUGUAUUUAUACCUUUACCAAUGCAUGUAUCUUAAUUUUGUAUUUCCUUAUGAACAAUAAAAAUGUUAUA